GCACUAACCAUGGUCAUUUCUCCAAUUAUUUUCAAGUAGACUCAGGCAGCAGUGUGUUUAAGUUUUUGUGAGAUGGCUAUUGUGAGUUUCAUACUGGGUGUCAUUGGAAAUGUGUUAUCGCUAUUUGUUUUCAUUUCACCAAUGAAGACAUUCUGGCGAAUAAUUAAGAAAAAGUCCACAGAGGACUUCAAAUCACUACCAUAUGUGUGCACAUUGCUCAGUUCUUCUUUGUGGGUUUACUAUGGUCUAAUGAAGCCCAAUGGACUCCUCAUCUGCACUGUCAAUGGGGCAGGAGUUUUAUUAGAAGCCAUCUAUGUCUCUCUCUUUAUACUCUAUGCUCCCAAACGUACAAGAAUAAGAACUAUUGUACUGGUGCUUCUUGUGGACAUAGCCUUCUUCACUGCUGUAUUUUUGGUCACAUUUCUGGCACUUAAUAUAAAGACGAGGAUAAAUGUUAUAGGAAUUCUAUGCAUAUGCUUAACCUUAUGCAUGUAUGGUUCUCCAUUAACUGCUAUGAGAACUGUUAUCAUCAAGAAAAGUGUGGAAUUCAUGCCAUUUUUCCUCUCAUUCUUUCUUUUCCUCAAUGGAGGAGUUUGGGGAGCAUGGGCUUUUUUUGAGAAGGAUGUAUUUGUUGGGAUUCCAAAUGGAAUUGGUUGUGGUUUAGGAGCUGCACAAUUGGUUGUGUACAUGAUUUAUAGGAAUGGAAAUCCUUACGGUCAAGAGAAUAAAAAUCUGAGUGAUGUAAAACAUGUGGAGGAUAUUGAGAUGGGAAGUAGAGAUGGACAUAAUGCUCUCUAAAAAUAGUUGUUGCGGUUAAUUAACUCAAAGUGUAUACAAGCCUGGUUGUGCGGGCUUACUCUGAGAGUUGUAAUGGCAGGGUACUUGCAGCUAUGUAACAAUUGCCUUCUGAUAGUUUAAUGAGGUACUGAUUGUAACUUGUUUUUUUGGGUAAGGU